AUCGCUAACCUCUUCCAAACGUUGCCAGGGAAAACGUCUUUCCUUGGAAGAAGCAUUUCCAGGAGUGUCUAGAAAUUGCCACCAAAUCUUAAGAUUUCUGGGAUGCAGAUUCCCUUCCUGGUCUGAGGAAAGGCGGAGGAGCUUGGAAGCUGGCGCUUAACUAAGUAAAGAGGUCGCCUUCUUCCCAGAAACUCACGCCUGGGCACUUAGCCCCUCCCGCUGUGGGGCGCCGCCUCCACAGAGCGCUAACCCUAUAAAGUACAAGCAAACAGGGUCCCUCCUGUCGGUCUCGAUUUAGUCUGACUCCAGCAUCAACGAAGUCUCGAGGUUGCCAGAGCAUCACGCGCCUAAGUCAUGGCCCAAGAGCUGUCCCACGAGGAGUUCGCCCGGGCGGGCAAGCAGGCGGGGCUGCAGGUCUGGAGGAUCGAGAAGCUGGAGCUCGUGCCGGUGCCCGAGAGCGCGUACGGAGACUUCUACGUCGGGGAUGCGUACCUGGUGCUGCACACUGCCAAGGCGAGCAGCGGCUUCACCUACCGCCUGCACUUCUGGCUCGGAAAGGAGUGCUCUCAGGAUGAAAGCACAGCAGCCGCCAUUUUCACUGUUCAAAUGGAUGACUAUUUGGGUGGCAAGCCAGUGCAGAAUAGAGAACUUCAAGGCUAUGAGUCCACUGAUUUUGUUGGCUAUUUCAAAGGAGGUCUAAAAUACAAGGCUGGAGGUGUGGCGUCUGGACUAAAUCAUGUUCUCACAAAUGACCUGACAGCUGAGAGGCUCCUACACGUGAAGGGUCGGAGAGUGGUCAGGGCCACAGAAGUACCCCUUAGUUGGAACAGUUUCAACAAGGGUGACUGCUUCAUCAUUGAUCUUGGCACAGAAAUUUACCAGUGGUGUGGUUCCUCAUGCAACAAAUAUGAGCGUCUGAAGGCAAAUCAGGUUGCCAUUGGCAUUCGGGACAAUGAAAGGAAAGGAAGAUCUCAACUAACUGUGGUGGAAGAAGGAAGUGAACCAUCAGAGCUCAUAAAGGUUUUAGGGAAAAAGCCAGAGCUUCCUGAUGGAGAUGAUGAUGAUGAUACCAUAGCAGACAUAAGUAACAGGAAAAUGGCUAAACUCUACAUGGUUUCAGAUGCAAGUGGAUCCAUGAGAGUAACUGUAGUGGCAGAGGAAAAUCCUUUCUCCAUGGCCAUGCUGCUCUCUGAAGAAUGCUUUAUUUUGGAUCAUGGUGCCGCAAAAAAAAUUUUCGUGUGGAAAGGUAAAGAUGCUAAUCCCCAGGAGAGGAAGGCUGCAAUGAAGACAGCUGAAGAAUUCCUACAGCAAAUGAAUUAUUCCACCAGUACUCAAAUUCAGGUUCUCCCUGAAGGAGGUGAAACACCAAUCUUCAAACAGUUUUUUAAGGACUGGAGAGAUAAAGAUCAGAGCGAUGGCUUUGGAAAAGUGUAUGUUACAGAGAAAGUGGCUCAAAUAAAACAAAUUCCAUUUGAUGCCUCAAAAUUGCACAGUUCUCUGCAGAUGGCAGCCCAACACAACAUGGUGGAUGACGGUUCUGGAAAAGUAGAGAUUUGGCGUGUAGAAAACAAUGGGAGGAUCCAAAUUGACCAAAACUCAUAUGGUGAAUUCUAUGGUGGUGACUGCUACAUUAUACUCUACACUUAUCCUAGAGGACAGAUUAUCUACACAUGGCAAGGAGCAAAUGCCACAAGAGAUGAGCUGACAACAUCAGCAUUCCUAACUGUUCAAUUGGAUCGGUCACUUGGAGGACAAGCUGUGCAGAUUAGAGUUUCUCAAGGCAAAGAGCCUGCUCACCUGCUGAGUUUGUUCAGAGACAAACCACUCAUUAUUUACAAGAACGGGACAUCAAAGAAAGGAGGUCAGGCACCUGCCCCUCCUAUACGUCUCUUUCAAGUACGAAGAAAUCUGGCAUCUAUUACCAGAAUUGUGGAGGUUGAUGUUAAUGCAAAUUCUUUGAAUUCCAAUGAUGUUUUUGUCCUGAAACUGCAACAAAAUGAUGGCUACAUCUGGAUAGGAAAAGGUGCUAGCCAGGAGGAAGAGAAAGGAGCACAAUAUGUAGCAAGUGUCCUCAAAUGCAAAACUGUAAGGAUUCAGGAAGGCGAGGAACCAGAUGAGUUUUGGAAUUCCCUUGGAGGGAAAAAAGACUAUCAGACUUCACCAUUGUUAGAAACCUUGGCCGAAGAUCAUCCACCUCGGCUUUAUGGCUGCUCUAACAAAACUGGAAGAUUCAUUAUUGAAGAAGUUCCAGGAGAGUUGACCCAAGACGAUUUAGCAGAAGAUGAUGUUAUGUUACUAGAUGCUUGGGAACAGAUAUUUAUUUGGAUUGGCAAAGAUGCCAAUGAAGUUGAGAAAACAGAAUCUCUGAAAUCUGCCAAAAUGUACCUUGAGACAGACCCUUCUGGAAGAGAUAAGAGGACACCAAUUGUCAUCAUAAAGCAGGGUCAUGAGCCACCCACAUUUACAGGCUGGUUCCUGGGCUGGGAUUCUAAUAAAUGGUAAACUGAUUUUUAUAAGAAAAAAAAAGCCAACAUGAGGCAACUGUUUUGGGAGAAAAAAAUCUUGUUUGUUUGACUUUAAAAAAUUAUCCUCAGCCAAAUGGCUAUUUUUUAAUACCUACUAUUGUUUUGAAAUUAUUUUUAAGCUAAAAUGUUGUUAUGUUUAUAUAUUAAAAAAAAUCUAAAAUAGACUUUUGUUACAACCAACUCUAAUUCUUAGGGAAUUGAUUAAAAUAUUUUUAUAUGGGGCCACCAAGUGCUGUAGAAGUUAAAGGACUGGAUUCCCACAUGGCAGUCUGCAGUUUGAGU